UGCCCUUCACUUUUUUCAGACACAUCCUCAUUCAACUUUUCAUCUCUCAUACUGUAAUAGCUUCUCUUUUCUGAGAGCCUCAUACACAAAUUUUUUGUCCGAGAAAGAGCUUUGAGAAAAACAGAAACAUGGGUUUGAAAGGUUUUAUCGAAGGAGGCAUCGCAUCAAUCGUUGCCGGCGCUUCCACUCACCCUCUUGACCUGAUCAAGGUCCGGAUGCAACUUCAAGGUGAAUCCCAUGUCCCUAAUCCCUCAUUUCAAGUUUAUCGUCCAGCACUCGCCAUGAACUCCGGCGCCGUUGCAAAUGUUUCAAUCUCACAAGUCGUUUCACGGCCUCGUGUUGGUCCCAUCUCUAUCGGUGUCCGUAUCAUCCAAUCAGAAGGCGUAGCCGCCCUUUUCUCCGGCGUCUCCGCCACCAUACUCCGCCAAACCUUAUAUUCCACCACUCGUAUGGGACUUUAUGAUAUUCUUAAAAAUAAAUGGACUGACAAAGAAACUGGGAAUUUGCCACUUACGAGCAAGAUAGUGGCUGGCCUUAUUGCCGGGGGCGUUGGUGCAGCCGUUGGCAACCCAGCUGACGUAGCAAUGGUUCGUAUGCAAGCUGAUGGGCGUCUUCCUAUUGACCAGAGACGCAACUAUAGGAGCGUAAUUGAUGCAUUAGGUCAAAUGACGAAACAAGAAGGGGUUGGUAGCCUGUGGCGUGGCUCGGCUCUUACAGUGAACCGUGCAAUGAUCGUCACCGCAUCACAGCUUGCAACCUACGAUCAGAUCAAGGAGAUGAUACUAGAGAAGGGCGUGAUGAGUGAUGGGAUUGGAACCCACGUGACCGCCAGCUUCGCGGCGGGAUUCGUGGCGGCUGUGGCUUCUAACCCCAUUGACGUGAUCAAAACAAGGGUGAUGAAUAUGAAGGUGGCACCUGGGGCGGUGCCGCCUUACUCAGGUGCUUUGGAUUGCGCUUUAAAGACAGUGAGGGCAGAGGGGCCUAUGGCCUUGUAUAAAGGCUUCAUUCCUACAAUUUCAAGGCAGGGACCCUUCACUGUUGUGCUUUUUGUCACAUUGGAGCAAGUCAGGAAGCUACUCAAAGAUUUUUGACUUGGAACGAUGAAGAACAAACUCAAAUUUCCAAAUUUAUCAUACACAGCCUAGAUUUUGAAAUUGAAAUCAAUAUUGUAUCAUUUUUUUUUUAUAUAAUUCUUUAAGGCAAACAUUUAUCAUACAAGGCCAGUGUAUCUGAAAUUACUAAAUGAUGAAAUGAAAAAUCUGAUUUUUUGGUGACAA